UGGGUGCCGCGCCCUCAGCCCCGUGAGAUGGUGGCCGUGAUGUCACAGUGGUGUCAGGGAGCGGCCAUUGUGACGCACAGGGCGGGGAGCAGAGCAAAGGCUGCGGGGCUGGGGCCGUGCUCAGUGCGGCCUGGCGAGGCGUGGAGAGAGCAGCGAUUCUCUUGUUUCUCGUCGUCGAUGCCAAUCAUGUCCAAAGGGACGGAGGAGGCCCCCAACUCUGGGGAGCCAGUGUGCGUGCUGUGCCGCCGGGCACAGGUCAACCCAGACAUCUGUGGGCAGACAUUUGCCAACGAUGGGCUCUGUGCCCACCAAUUCUGCUUGUUCUUUGCCAAUGGCCUUUUGGAAUGGAGAAGCCCAAUGGGGGGAAUUUUUGGCUUCUCCAUCAAUGCUGUCCAGCGCACCGUCCAGCUGGCAGAGCAGAAGAACUGCUUUGUCUGUGGCGGGAGGGGAGCUGCCAUCACCUGUGCGGAGACCGGCUGCGAGCGCAGCUUCCAUCUGCCCUGCACUGAGGAUGGGGAAUGCAUCACCCAAUACUUUGGGCAGCACAGGUCCUUCUGCUGGGAGCAUCGCCCUCGGCAGGCAGCGGAGGCAGCUCCAUCUCAGAACACCAGCUGUGUCAUCUGCCUGGAGCCCGUGGGGGACAGCACGUCCUACCACACCAUGGUGUGCCCGGUGUGCAAACAGGCCUGGUUCCACCGGGGCUGCAUCAGGGUAGGAGCCCUCCCCUCGCCCUGUGGGCACGGCCGGUGCUCAGCAGCACCCAGCCCCACUCACUCUCACGCUUGUGCUUCUCCUGCAGAAACAUGCCCUGCACGCUGCCACCAUGCGUUUCUUCUGCCCCGUUUGCGGAGGAAAAGGGCGAUUCCGAUCCCAAAUGAGCACACUGGGGAUCCAAAUUCCGGUCAGGUUGGUGUCCUUCUGCCUGGGUCUGCAGACACUCAGGCACGGGUGCUGCACCUGCCCAAGAACUGCCCCAGCAGGCCCAGUCCCUUGCCAUCCUGCCAGCAUUGGUCUCAGCUUCAUGGAGAAGCUGGGAAGGAGCUCAAGGUGGAUGAGCAGGGAUGCCCUGGAUCUGCCUCACACCUGGGGCACCGGGGACUCAUCACAUUCCCUCUCUUCUCUGGCAGACGACCAUCGUGGUGGGACGACGCAGCAUACCAGCCGCUGCGAGAAAGGCACAACCGCUGUGAUGCCAGCAUGUGCAUUUACCUGGGAGGCAGGGAGAGGGCACAGGAAGAGGGGUGAGUGACCUCUGCAAUCCUCUGCAGCUCUGUGUGGGCUCUCAGCCUCACCACAGGCUGCGGGAGCAAGGAUGGAGCACCAGAGUCGUGCCAGCUGCUCCCUGCCUUGGCUCUCUUCAU